AUGGCGCUCGGAACUGGUUCCCGAACCUCUGUCGCCAUCAUCGGCGCCGGCACACAGGGUUGCCGCCUGGCGUACAUGUGGUCUAGCACGGGAUACGACGUUCAUUUGGUGGAUGCUCAAGCCAGCCAACUUGAAGGCAGCCACAAAGUCAUAGAAGGAUUCCGAUCUGCUGCUUCUCGCAAACCUCGCCGAUGGGGCGAGGUUAUCACCCAUUUCCCUAAGGACUUGAGCGCUGCUCUUCAAACAGCAUGGCUAGUUGUGGAGUGCGUACCCGAACAGCUUCAACUGAAGAGAAAGGUAAUCACGGAACUCGAUUCUCUUGCCGCCGACGAAGUCAUCAUUGCCUCGAAUUCUAGCAGCUACACCUGUUCGGAGAUUUUGGAAACCUUAACCUUGAAGAAUGAACGGCGGUUUCUCAGUGCUCAUUCAUACUGGCCCCCGGAAACACCAGAACUCGAGGUAAUGGGCCACGAGACAACAGACCCAUCAUGUAUCACCCUCGUGCUGGAUAGAAGCAAAGCCCACGGCUUCUUGCCUUUCCACGUGAAGACCCCCUCGAUGGGUUACCUUUACAACCGUAUUUGGGCCGCGAUCAAGAGAGAAGCCCUCCUCGCGGCCUCUGAAGGCGUCGCGACACCCGAGGAGAUUGACGCCAUCUUCAAGGGAGUGCUGAAGACGCCCAAAGGACCGUUCGAGUUGAUGGAUGUUGUGGGCUUGGAUGUCGUGCUGGAUAUUGAACAGCACUAUGCCGACGCGCGGGGGAACAUCCCUAGCGAGCCGAGAGAGUAUCUCCAAAGCUUGCUCCGGAGUGGCCGCCUGGGUGUGAAAAAGUGCCAAAUCGCUGGCACAUCGUCUGAGCCCCGGACGACUCGAUCCCAUUCCGGGAGGGCAGCGCAACGUUGGGGCCUUGUUACCACACGGUCUACUACGCUCCGGAUGAGGGACGCGGUCGACCGCAUCUGCUCGUCUCGUGCACUAGACUCGUCACGGAAGAUGGCCACAGAUGAUAUGACCGAGUUGGCCGACGAGACAACCGAUGCUGGGUAG